AUGGCGACUGAAGAAGAAGCUGAUGAGUACAAUAUUUCUGAAGUUGAUUGGGGUGAAGAACCGGGAUACUCAUGGGAAGAUCAAAACUAUGGAGAUGGCUCUGAAGAAAACGACCAGUGUAGAGAGUCAUGGACUGAAGAUGGACAUGGGGAAGAACCAUGUCGUAGGGAGCUUGAUUCCAAGCCACCAGACUACUACACGAGCCAUACCAUCAACAAGAGCUAUUCUAAACCUUGGAUAAAAUUUACGGAUACAUUUUAUGACAAUAUCCCAAGAGAUUUAACUAAAACACUUGUGUCUUUUUCAGGAAAAGAGAACUAUUCCAGAUGGGAAGAAGGCAUGGAAAAUUACUUUUGGGAGUACAGAGUUCCUGAACACAAGAAGCUGUCCAUAGCAUUAGACGCCCUUGUUGGAGAAGCUUACCAAUGGUGGCUUCAAGAGGAGAAAUGCCGAAUCCACUUCAAGGAACCAACUCCAGAUUGGGAAUAUGUCAAAGGGCUGAUGUAUGAGCACUUCGAGAUGAAGAGAAUACCCCCAAGGGCCUGUCCAAAACCUUUGGUUAAACUGAAACCGAAAAAGCUACAUGAGCAUAAGGAAGAAGUGAAGACCCUAGAAACUAUCUUCAGUGGGAAGAGGACACGGAAAAGUACUUCAAGUGCAACUCCAUUCCAAAGGAAUGUUGAUGAAGGUCUAGGUAAGGAGGAGCCACGUCCGGAAGCUCACCAACCUGAAGUGUAUGAGCAAUAUACCAUAGAGACUUUCUCACCAGCCGAUCAUGCUUUAAAGAUGACAAAAACCAAAGCUGAGUCAAUGCAAGAUGCUAUGAGUGAUAACAGAGUAAGUAUAGGUACAAUGGAGAAGAAUCCAGCACCAAACUCAAAAUCUUACACCCAAAGAGUGGUAAAUGGAGAAACCAAGAGUGAAACAGGAUAUUUCACAAAGGAAACCACGCUCCUGCUAAGGAAAAACAUAGACCGACUAUGUAGAGGGGACAUAGCUUCACUACUGAUCAAAGAAAAAACACCAGGUGGACAUUGCAUCACAAAACCGUCCAUAUACCAAGAUAAAUUGGUUUUUAGGACAAAACCUUUUGAAGAGGGAGGGAAUGAUGAAGACCUCAAGUCAGUAGCUGGACCACCAGCUCAUAAGAUCAACCAUACAAGCUACAUUGGAGCCAGCAGUGACAUAGGUGCAUCCAAAGAAGGAUAUCUUUGCGACCAUGAGGAUUUUGGCCGUGAAACCACUUCCUAUAGAUUCUCAACUCAACCAGAGCAUGCGGCGAAUUGGUUUCACACCAAAAGGAGUAGUGGUUUAGGAGAUACACCAUUUACAAGUCAGGUUGCCUACACUGCAUCCGAACUGGUUCUAUUCAAGGAAAGUAAUUCUUUGCUUAAGGAGUGUGCAACUCAAACUCACGUGUGA